AUGCAACAACCACCACCACCACCUCAGACCCAAUACUAUCCACCGCCAGAUUAUUACCCACCACAACCUCCGCAAGGCCACUAUGUUUAUCCUACGAACAACACAGGCUACGCCGAAAUGGGACAAGCGCUCGGUGAAGAAUCGAAAAUCCGUCCCUCAAGCGGCUGGAAGGAUAUCUGGGCGAUAGGGUUAUGGCUUUGCAAUUUUAUUGCUUUCAUUGCUGUAUCUGUCAUAGGCAUCCGGACCUUUAGUCAGCAUUCAGGCCCCUCUGGAGGCAAUCGUUCUCCGGUGAUUACGUUUGAUGCAGACACAGUCAAAAUGUUCGGAUAUUCGGCAAUCGUAGGCUUUGGGCUAAGCUUUCUGUAUCUUUUAUUGGCGAAUGCCUUUCCAAGACCAAUGAUCAUUUCCACGUUUGUUGGAAGCAUCAUCGUCUAUUUUGCGGUGACCAUCUACUACUUUUACCGUCACUACUAUACAGCUGCCAUUAUAUUCCUCAUUUUUUCAUGUCUGUAUCUCGCGUGUUUCUGGUUUUGGAGAUCACGCAUCCCUUUUGCCACAGUCAUGCUGGAGACGGUCACUUCAAUCACUCGUCGUUACAAAAGCACGCUGGUGGUCGGUUUUAUCUCUCUGGUCGUGCAGACAGCGUUCAGUAUAUGGUUUAUCAUUACAGUAAUUGGUGCCUACGAAACAUAUUACACCCCCACCGGUAGCAACACGCGGAUGAAUCUCGUUAUGGUCUUCCUGGUAUUUUCCUUUUAUUGGACUUCGCAAGUGAUCACCUAUGCUGUUCAUGUGACCCUGGCCGGAAUCUUUGCCACCGUGUAUUUCUUGGCCUACCAAGUCGCUCAUCCUGUUUGGGGCAGCGCUAGACGAGCCUUAACGACCAGUUUUGGUUCUAUUUGUUUCGGAAGUCUUCUCAUCGCUAUUGUCAACUUGAUUCGUUUUUUGGUCUCUGUGGCGCGCCAAAAUACGGACAAUGCCAUUUUUGCUUUCUUUUUCUGCAUUUUGGAAUGUAUCAUCAGCUGUAUCGAAGGAUUCUUUGAAUGGUUCAGUUACUAUGCGUUUAGCGGUGUCGCGAUAUACGGGCAAGGCUUUAUCCCUUCUGCCAAGCGGACUUGGUCCCUUAUGCAGGACCGCGGUCUCGAAGCUCUGGUGAACGAUAAUCUCAUCGGAAACGUUUUAUUCAUGGGCGGAUUGUUGGUGGGCGUCUUGUGCUCCCUUUUAGGGUUCAUCUAUCUUGAAGUUGCACGACCAGCUUAUAAUGCUUCAGGCAACAUGGUGCCUAUUGUUGUGCUUGUAUGCUUCCUGAUUGGCGCAUCCAUGUUUUCAUCCAUCGCUACCGUCAUCUCUAGCGGUGUUGCCACAACCUUUGUAUGCUUGGCUGAAGAUCCCGAGGCAUUAAGAAGAUCACAACCAGCCUUAUACGAAAAGAUCCGUGAGACAUGGCCACAAGUUGUGCAGGGGAUCUAG